CGUUUCGUUUGAUAAUGCGCGCUGAUGUGGAUGCGGAAAAAAAGAAAACACAUCACGCGAGUUGAGUCACAGUCUCGGGUUUUAUACUGUUUAACGGAAAACCAGACACUCGACGCGGGGAAAGUGGGAGUACGCAGCUAAUUGUCCGACAAAGUACACAACAACCGCUCGACGCUUUAUCUUCGGCGCGAGAUCCGCGAGUGGCCAGGGAACACCACGGGUGCAUGCGUGCAGUAGCAAGUGGCUGUACCCUCGUGCGAGUCCCAACAAUGGCGAUGGCUAUGCGCAUUUUUUGGUCGCGUCGAUGAAUUCGCGCGAUAUCCGGUACAUUCGGAACGCGUCUAGGUCAGCGUGAAGACACUUUUCGCGACAUCAUUGCCAAUUGGCGAUACAUUCCCGACAGCAAAUCGUCUCUCGCGUCAAUUCUACGCGUGCAAGUUCGUGUAUUUGGACAAGCGAUCGUUUCGGCAAUACGGUCUCGCAUUGGUCGGGUUCGACGUCUGCGUAAUUGUCGUUCGGUCAAAUCGAAGGUCGAUCAAUUUCAUUAUUAGCUCGCCCGUUUUCAUAAGUGCCGUGAUCAAUACUCACCUUUUCGCCGUAUUUCCACAAUGGUAUCUUCAUGCGAGGAACCCCCCGGGUAAUUGCUUUAUUCCGCAGACUUUGCUGUGGCUUUACGUCUCGCGAGUCGCUAAAAGUAAACACAAGCAAAGGCGAAACAAUAAAUUAAGCGUCCAAUGUUAUCGGCCGCGCGGUGGCGUAUGACCGGCGUGGAAAAAUUGGAUCGCCCGCACGGCCGGAGCAAGCGUGCGCAAAUUGGCGAGGUGGGCGCCGAUUGAUGCUGCUGAAGGGCCGGGAGCAUGGCUCGCUCGGGACGGGCGCCGCUGCUCGGCCUCCUGGCCGCGCUCGCGGCGACGGCGACUCUGGCAAGCCUGCGCGACUGCCACCUGGGCGCGGAGCUGGGCGACGAGCGGUUCGGCGUGAGCUGCGGCGUCCGGGACAAGCAGGUCGAGGUGGCGGUGAGGUGCAACCGGUCGGGGCGCGGCGACGCCACCUGGUCGCGCUUCCCCGAGCGCCGGCUGGACCUGUGGAGCGUCGGCACCCUGCGCUUCGGCAACUGCGAGCUGCCCGAGGAGCUGCGCCUGCGCGAGGUGGUGCGCGCGCUCAACGUCAGCCUCGUCGACACCCUGAGCCUCGAGGACCUGCGCUCGGGCGUGAGCCGCCAGAACCUGCGCGGCCUGUCCGUCAGGGUGCUCGUGAUCGCGAGGGCCGGCUUCAGCCGGCUGCCCGCCGACGCGCUCCACGACCUCGCGGGCCUCAAGAGCCUGCGCAUCGAGCAGACCGCGCUGACCGGCAUCCCGGAGGGCUUCUUCGCCGAGUGGUCGAGCGGCCUGCGCAACAUCUCCCUGCUGUCCAACAGGCUGAGCAGAAUCGGCCGGCGCGACUUGGCGGGCGCGGAGGAGGCCCAGCGCGUCUGGCUCAGCCACAACCGCAUCGAGGAGAUCGAGCUCGGAGCCUUCGACCGGCUGCCCAACCUGCUGAGGAUCGACCUGUCGGGCAACCGGCUGCGCGGCCUGCCGGCCGGCCUGUUCCACCGGCUCGCCAGGCUCGAGGGCAUCCACGCGAGCGCCAAUCGGUUCGACGAGCUGCCCGCCGAGCUGCUCACCGGCAUCGACAACUGCCACUUGAGGAGCUUCCGGCUGAGCCACAACGCCGGCGCGCUCGCCACCAUGCCCGCCGGCUUCUUCCGUGACCUCGGCACCCUCGCGUCCGUGGAGCUGCUGCAGAACCGGUUCGCCAGCCUGCCCGAGGACCUCUUCGCGGGCGCCACUGCCCUCGAGCUGCUCGACCUCUCCGGCAACAACUUGACCAGCCUGCCGCCGGCCAUCUUCGGCGACACGCGCAAGCUCGUCCAGCUCCGCAUCAUGGACAACCAGCUCGCCUAUCUUCCCCGGGGCAUUUUUCGAAAGCUCAACAACCUCGAGCAACUGUACCUCAACAAUAACUGCCUCGCCAACAUCACGUCGGAUAUCUUGGAAGGCAUCGACGGCGUCAAGAUACUGCAGGCCGCUUGGAACAACAUCAGCUACAUAGACAGCAAUUUUUGCCAGUACCUCAAGGUCGUCGAAGAGCUCAACUUGAUGGGCAAUCGGAUUACUUUGGAACAACAGCCCCCGGACGCUGUCUCGGUUGUAGUAAGCUGCACCUUUCUCCGCAAAUUGAUAGUGCCCUACAACAAGAUCUCUCGCUUCUUCCUGGAUUGGGCCUGGGUCGGAAGGUUGGAAGUGAUAGACCUUCGGUACAACGAAAUCACUGAAUUCGGGGACUCCGUACUCUUUCAUCUGCCUGGCGAGGUGACCGUUUAUCUUCAGAACAACAAAAUAUCUAGUAUUGAUUUGCGUCGACUUGAGAUUGACGCCGAUCAAUACUUCAAUACGAAUAAUAUUGACAAGGGAAUGAAGGUUUAUUUGGGCAGUAAUCCGCUCGAUUGCGACUGUCAUCUCGUCGAUCUCUUACGUUAUUUCGAAAAUAAGAUGAACCCAAGGGUGAAAAGUUACGUCGAGAUUUACGCAGAUGUUGUUGGUAUAGGCAACAAAAUUAAUGUAGGCCUCGAGGCUUUCGAGUGCGCCGGCCCCGAGGAAUUUGCAAAUCGAAAGCUCACCGACAUCAGAUCGGCCGAUCUCAACUGCCCAGUGGUGUCGGACGAACCGGACGAUGCCUGCAGCAACUCGUGCUUCUGUCGCGAGUAUCCGGAAAGACGAAUAUUGUCCGUGGACUGCUCUCAUCGGAAUUUGACGAAACUGCCAAUCUCCAUCGCGAACGCGAACGGCUGGUCGAUCGAGCUCGACAUGUCGCACAACAAGUUCAGUCAAACCCCGUCUCUCAACAGCUCGUACCUGUCGAACGUCACGAGCCUCGACUUGUCCAGCAACAACAUUUCGAUCGUCACGCUCGACGUGUUCUCCCGAAAGCUUCAGCAACUGAAACUGCACAAUAACAGCAUCUCUCGCCUCGACCAAAAACUCAUCGACUACUUGUCCGAGGACCAAGCUCUGCACAAUCUCACGCUCCACGGAAACAAGUGGGAGUGCGUCUGCCAGUCUCGCAACUUCGUCGGCUUGGCGAAGGCGAAACUCGCGCCACGGGAGCUCAACAGAAUCGCCUGCUACGGCACCGAUCGCCGACUCUCGACCGUCACCGCCGAGGAACUGUGCGAGGGUGCCAUCGCGAUAAUAGUCGGCGCCAGCCUGUUCGUAGCUUUCGCCGGCAUCGUCAUCGGCAGCUUGGCUGCGUUCUACUACAGAUACCAAAAAGAGAUCAAAGUCUGGUUGUACUCGAAACACUGGUGCCUCUGUCUCGUCACCGAGGACGAGCUCGACAAGGAUAAGAAGUACGACGCGUUCAUCAGUUUCUCGCACAAGGACGAAGACUUCGUCGAGAGAGAGAUUAUAGCCAAGUUGGAGGAAGGCCCCAGACCGUACAAGCUCUGUCUGCACUAUCGCGACUGGCUUGCGGGCGAGUGGAUACCGCUACAGAUCAGUCGUUCGGUCGAAGAAUCCAGGAGAACUGUCGUCAUCCUGUCUCCUAAUUUCCUUGAAAGCGUUUGGGGCAGAAUGGAGUUCCGGGCUGCUCAUACUCAGGUGCUUAAAGAAGGGAGAGCUCGUCUGAUAGUCAUCUUGUACGGCGAGAUAGGCAACACGGACAGUCUAGAUCCGGAGCUCAAGUCCUACCUAAACCACAACACCUAUGUCAAGUGGGGUGACCCGUGGUUUUGGGACAAAUUGCGAUACGCGCUGCCUCAUCGAUACGAGCGCAAGACGCGAAACGCUCGUAUCAUAGAAAAUCAUUUGGCACAGCCGCCGAUAACCAACGGCAACGCUGACAGCCCCACUGGCAAAGCUGAAGUCAUCCCGAUGCCCAAACUCGCUACCUUCACUAACGACUCGGCCAAGCUGCUCGAUUCCGGUGCCGAAGAUGACAAAAUCGUUGCCUCUUGCCAGUAGACUUUUUUUACUAUCAUUGAUUUGACUGGCCUAAGACUUUUCAUUCCUAUAGCGAGAAUGUAAAGAUGAGAUGUGGAUUAAUUUUAUAAUCCUGCGUAUGACUCUUACAACCGCCAUUAAAAUUUAAGUAUCUCCUCGACUACUUUUAUUAUUCAGUAGUUUAAUUAUUUGUGGCAUUGCCCACGAUGCAUAUAUAGAAUCACGACGAUUAUUAGAAAUAACAUGAUUAUCAUUAUUCAUAAUUAUAUUUUGUGUAUGCCUUUGAAACUCAUGUUGGAAUGCAACUAUUUGGCUGUAAAUAAUAUGUGUUUUGUAGUUUAAUAUUUUAACGUACAAAAAUAUAUGUUGUUAAUAAUACAGCAACCGUUAAAAUAGCACCAAUAUAUCUGCUGAUUAUUGCUCAAAUAGGAUACUGCAAAUAACAUCAAUCUGUCACCGGUGAAUGAUCGUUUGCGCUUAUAAAUUUAAUUAAUAAACUGUUGCACGUAUUAGAUUUUAUUAGAAAUCAUUAUUACUCGCUAUAUAUAGUUAUUCGUCAUUUAAAAAAUUACGUUAUUCAUACAUUCGUUAUUUUAUUUAUAUUUUUAUCCUCAUUGCGCCACAUUGACGAUUAGGAAUUUUUUAAAUUUAUUAUUUACUCUUGUAAGUAUCCGAUCCUUGUUGAAAAACACUGUAGAUAUGGUACUACGUAUCAGAGACAAUAUAAAGAAAUUUUUUUAUAGUGUGUUUUGUCUAUAUAUGUGCAUGUGUGUGUGUGUGUGUGUGUAUAAAAAAAAUUUUAAUGUGUUGCGCCAAGGCGUUUGUUCCGCCAACAAGAACAAAAAUUAUUGCAAUGAAAUGAUUAAACACGACUGGAUCUCUAUUUUUAUUAUAAUCGUGUUACUUUCCAUUUUUAUAAAAGACUAACAAGUAUACCUCAAUUAAUGGUUUCUAUUUAUCCAAUAUAAAAAAUGUAUAGGUUAUUAUUAUUUGUACAUAUGAAAGAUUUUUCGAAAUACGAAUAGUUGUUGUAUGAUUCGAGUACCUUUUAAGUUUACGUAUAAAGAAAAUAAAUCAUAUACACUGUGAUAAUGUAAAUUGUGCACAAUGUUUUUCGACACGAAAUAUUAUUUUGAUAGCUUUUUAUAAAAUCUGUAUGAUAAUUUUAUGUUUACAUAUCUCUGCAAGAAUAAACACUGUAGAAUGAUACUUGUAACUAUUGUAAUUUAUAGUUAAGAACAAUUUACGCUGAGAAUAAAACUUGCAGUUUUAUUAAUCAUACAUAACUAUAAAAUUUUAUAA